AUGUCACAACAGAAGCAGCAGCAAUCUUGGGAGCCUCCCAGUGCUCCCAAAGGCUCCUCUCCUCAGUGCCCACGCCCCUGCCUGGCUCCCUCCUCCGCACCCUGCAGUACUUCCUGUCACUCUGGUUCCCAGACGUCCCACGCUCAGAGUCCAGCCCCCUCUAGGCGGCGGCGCCGCCGGCAGCCCCGCUGCCUCAGUGGCGGCACGGUCUACCCCUGCAAAGAGGAGGAGUGCUGA